CGCACGUCCCCAGCAGCAGCAGCAGCAGCAGCAGCAGCAGCAAGGCGCUUCCUGUCCCCUGGUAAAGGUCGCAGUGACCGGCAGCCGCCGCCGCUCUCCUCACCCGCCGCCACCAUGUUGGCCCUGGCCGCCCGCUCCGGCUCCCUGUCCCCCUACCUCUCCGCCACCUCGUACACCGUGGCCGGGCAUCUCAAGCCGCUGACCCUGGGAGCUGUGCCGCCGCCUCACGGAGAGAAGCUCCAUCUGGACGUCCGGAGGCCGUUCCUCAGCCGGGACACCCUGAGCGGCCAGGCCGCCAGCGGGCCCCUCUCAGCCUCGGCCGGGAUCAGUGGUGCGUCUUCUGUCCGCUUCUUGCACAGCGAUGUUACCGUACCAGAUUUCUCUGACUACCGCCGGGCGGAUGUAGCAGACAGCAAGAAGUCCUCUCAGCCCAGCGACAACAGCAGGAAGGGUUUCUCUUACUUGGUUACUGGUGUUGCCACCGUAGCCACAGCCUACGUGGCCAAGAACGUCGUCACCCAGUUCGUUUCGAGUAUGAGCGCGUCUGCCGAUGUGUUGGCCAUGUCCAAGAUUGAGGUGAAGCUUUCCGAUAUACCAGAAGGGAAGAACAUGUGUUUCAAGUGGAGAGGCAAGCCCCUGUUCAUCCGCCACAGAACACCAAAGGAGAUCGAGCAGGAGGCCCAGGUCGUCUUGAGUGAGUUGAGGGACCCACAGCACGACCUUGACAGAGUGAAGAAACCGGAGUGGGCAAUCAUGAUCGGCGUGUGCACACAUCUUGGGUGCGUGCCCAUCGCUAAUGCUGGAGAUUUCGGAGGGUAUUACUGCCCAUGUCACGGGUCACAUUACGAUGCUUCUGGUAGAAUCAGGAAGGGUCCUGCACCGCUAAAUCUGGAGAUUCCAUACUAUGAGUUCCCCUCUGAUGACCUUGUGAUAGUUGGAUGAACUGUUAGAGCUUACACAUAAGGGUUUAAAUAUAAUUUCCUCUAAAUGUAAUGUCAUGAUCUGCAUAAGAUACGUUUAAUGCUUUUAAAGAUCACUCGGUGUUUACGAUUUUAAUAAACCAUCCAACUUGCGGAGAGUUUUCUUGUUUCAGCUGUACAAAGUGAUUGUAAAGUUUGCCCCUUGGGGAAUUUGAGCUCACAGAGAUGGUCGGCAUUGAGGAGACGACUUUCACGUGUAUAUCUUGUACAAAGCAAACAUUAAAUUCUGACUUUACAGUGGAA